AUGUUGCCGUUCCUCGGGAAGGCAGCAUUGCUUUUAUGCUUUCUCAUUGCCGCGUCUACCGAUGCCAGUUCCAUCAAGGACUUGUAUAGCGGCUCGAAUCUGAAAAUCAACGGCGACAGUUACAACCCUGAAAUCCGCCCGGGCUUCGGAUCAUCUAACAACCCAGCCGUGGUCACGAACGAACGCACCGCCGCCCGUCACGAAAUCCCGAACCCGAAUUCCCUAAUCAUCAUCAACACAAAUGGGAGUGUGAUGCUGAGCGAGCGCCUAUCACUCAAAACCGCCUGUAUCUUUGAUAUGGAGAACUACCCCCUGGAUGUGCAUGUAUGCUACGUCGACUUUGCCUCUUAUGGCUGGACAACAGAGGAUGUUGAUUACAAAUGGAAGGAGGCGAACCCGAUCCAGCUGAGGGCCGGGGUGUCGAGCAUGGUGCCGGAAUUCCGACUGAACACUGUAACUCCGGAUCUUUGCACUUCGGGCGCCUUCGCCAUGUCUUCAAUCCCCAGAGAGGCUGCAUCGGCCUACGAGUGGCUGAUCGUCUGCUAUCUCUACACCGGCUUUGCCUUGAUUGGAAUCAUUCUCAGCAAGGUGCUGAGGGAGAAGGAUGGCCUUCCUAUGGCUCCGGAGCCUGAGCAUCAAGUCCUAAUCGAGGGCGGUGAGAAUGGAGGACCACCAAAAGUUUGCCGAAUCGCGAACCUUCGCCAGGGAGCUUGUUGCAAGGCUUGGUUGCCAGGAACGGUCUAUUUCACGUUCUUCACGAUCUUCUGCACCAUGCACUGGUUCCGCAAGGCUUUU